UACUGUUGAUUCGACUUGGCUUAUUUGCCCAAGAUUUGAGUUUUCUUGUCACCAACGAUUUAUUUAUUCUUGAACGAAGAUGAACUGCGGCCUGCAGUGUUCAAUCGAACAUGUUCUGGGAAGGGUCUGUUUGAAUGGAGAUGAGGUCGUGGCCUGCGGGACCUCGAUGCACUGGUUAUGAUCUCUGGUUACGUCAUCAGGCACUGACACGACUGCGCCGAGCACGAAGUGUCGGCUUCCUUUACAACCUGAAAGUAUCUAAUUUAUUACAUUUGAGAGAGAGUUAGAUCGAAACGUGUGUCCAUUCAUAGUCAAAGCAAGCGGAUGAUCCGCAUCCGGUUGCUACUUUUUCAAUGUUUUUGUAACUGAGCAUGAGGGCAUUGUGCUGCAUCCCAAUGUGUUGCAUCUGUUAAAGUGCACACACGCAGCUCAGUGGGCGAGUAGAGAUUUGCAAGUAUUACGAGUCAGCUCUUAUUAGGUUGAGGACUUCAAGUUCUAGAUGCCAGAAAUUGAUUUACCUGCAACAUAAAACCAUUUUCUUCUCUAGACAUAGACGAAAUUGCGACUGGUGCUGGUAAUAAAUAUUGAUGCUUAACUGGAUGUUCAGAUUUCGAAAGAAAUCAAGACAUGCUAUCCCUCUGAUUCUGCUUCCAAGCAGCUGGAGACUUGAUCAGGGAUACGCGAUGCGUGGCGACCAGGAUUCACUUGGAUGGCCACUGUACAUAAUGAUACUGUACGCCGUUACAGUUGCUGUUUCUUACGCCUCUGCAGAAUCUUACAAGUGCCGCUGCUUGGAUACAAAUGCUGCUUGUUGGCCAUCAAAACGAGAAUUGAAUGAAUUCAAUUGCAGUGUGGGUGGUCGCCUGAUCACUCCGAAUCCAACGGGAAGGCCUUGUCAUGACCCGCACUACAACCCUUCACUUUGUCAGAGCUUACGGAACAAUUACUUCGAUGCGUAUUUGCGUGCAGACAACGCUGGAAGCAUGCAAUGGGAGAAUUGGGAGGACAAAGGUCAGGAAACUUGUUCCAUGGAUGCGCCAGUGAGCAGCAAAUGUCAUCAAGGCCAGGUACCGGUGCUGGGAGUCCAGGUAGAAAAGGUCGACGACAUUCAAAAGGCCAUUAAAUUCGCAGCCCGCCACAAUCUUCGAGUUGCCGUCAAGAGCAGCGGGCAUGAUUUCCUCGGCCGAAGCACGGCACAUGGUUCGUUUCUGAUCUGGAUGCACAAGUUCAAAAACAUAAGCAUCCAUGAUUCAUUCGUGCCCUCCAGCAGGUGCGGGAAACAUUCCACACCGGCUGUCACAGUUGUCGGAGGUGUCGGGUGGGGGGAGGUUACAGACGCACUCAAGCCCACCGGAUACAUCACUGUGAGUGGAAAUGCCCGGACCGUUUGCGCUACUGGUGGUUACAUUCAGGGUGGCGGUCACGGAUCCUUAAGCCCUCAAUUCGGGCUAGCCGUGGACAGCGUGCUACAGAUUGAGGUUGUCACGGCUGACGGGAAACUGCGCACAACAAAUGCAUGUAAAGAUCCAGAGCUUUUCUUCGCCUUGCUCGGAGGAGGAGGUGGUACAUAUGGAGUCGUGACGUCUGUUACGUACAAGCUACACCGAAGCCCAAGCAACUUUGCAGGGUUCUUUUAUGUGUUCUCCCCGCCGAAUGGAACCGUCUGGUCAACAGCGACUCAAGAGGAGAUUCUGACGAUAUGGGCUCGUAGCUCUAUUGCACUAGAUGAGGCGAUGUGGGGAGGAUACUGGGUGUUUAACGCGCAGCAGUUUACUUUAGUCUUCCUGGCGCCCUCCAAAUUAGCGGCCGCAAAGAAGAUCUUUACUCCGAUUUUGGAAGAGUUAUUGCAGGGAAAGAAAGUCACACUCCAGUUCCAAUACGCAUUUGCUUCCUCCACCUUCCAGGAUUGGCACAAAACAGUCGAGGCGAUCGUUAGUCCCAAGACAGGGACAGAUCCCGUAGGAGACCGGGUCUUGAUGUCAUCCCGUAUCAUACCCUUGUCGGCAAUGAAGGAUCCCCGAGGCACUGCGAAAGCUAUUCUUUCCGCCCUGCCAGUUCGAAAUGAAUCUCUUACAACUCUUAUAGGUAAUGUAGUGAUAGGACCUGGAGUAAGAGCGGCAGAUCCAUCUGGACUGACAGCCGUAACACCAGCGUGGCGUGAGGGGAUCUGGCACUUGAUUGCUACGCAUACCUGGUCCUGGAAUUCAACAGAAGGUCAGAAGUCAACCAUAAGGAACGAUUUGAAGGCUUUCGCUCAGGCACUACAUAAGACCUACCCCGACUCCGGGGCUUACACAAACGAAGCCAGCAUUGAUGAGCCGCAGUGGCAGCGCUCUUUCUGGGGGCUCUCGAACUAUGGUCGCUUGAUAGCCACGAAGCAACGAGUUGACCCUCAAGGGCUCUUCGUUUGCAGCCAGUGCGUCGGCAGCGAGUUUUGGGACGAGACUGGAAACUGUCCACGACGCUAUUGAUACCGAACCUGAAACAUUUGCGUGCAUUACCAUUUUCCCCAAAGUGAGAUUCGUAGACUCGGUGUCUACACGGUACAAAUCCAACUCUUCACAAUCAACUAUCCACACAGAAAAGUGUCGAGGCAGGUGCAAUAAGGCAAGGAUAUGAACAACUCCAAAGAGCCUUGAGCUUGGAUGGAGUGUGUUCAAAAGUGUAAACAUUAGUGCACAUUGUGAAAUUCAGCUAUGUCUUCCUGUGUCGAGGUAGGAAGCAUAAUUAAAAAUCCUGGAUAUUU